AUGUCCGCAAAAACAGAUAUUGUUAAACCUAAAACUGUGAGAGUUUAUGAGUUAGAUGAUUUUGAAAAAUUAUUACGAGGUUUAAAGGUAGCAGUAUGUAUGCUGACCGAGUCACAUCAAGUCGUGGAUGAAGCAAGUGUUAUUAAACGUCUAAAUGCCCUAACCAUUGGUGGUCCAUCGGACGGCAACUGUUGUUCAUGCUGUGGUGUUGGCCCAUUUGAGACUCGAGCACAGCAAACUGCACACUACAAGCAUCACUGGCAUACUCACAAUUUAAAAAGAAAACUCUUUGGAAAAACACCUCUGUCAUUAGGUCAAUUUAAUUCUAGGCAAGAUGAUAACUCAAGUGUUUCUGGCAGUGACUCGGAAGGGGAUGAUGGUGGAACUAAACCUACUAAUGAUUUAUUUGCGGCUGCUACCAGACAUUGCAAAGCAUUCUUUACUAAUCAUUAUGGACAAGUGUUUUGUAUAUAUAGAUGUAUUCUACACCAUAGAAAGGAAGAGUUAUCAACAGACGGCGAUGGCCAAGCUUGGGUUGAACGUUGCCAACGUCUUUCUAUCCCGGGAUUCCAACGCUGGGCUAUCCUAAUGAUUUCCGGCGGUCACUUCGCCGGAGCAAUAUUUUCCGGAGGUACAGCUGUCGUUCACAAAACUCAUCAUUCUUACGUGACCCGGCGUGGUCAGGGACAAGCACAGGCUACAAGGGAUCAACAUGGAAAUGCACCAAGGUCAGCCGGAGCCAGUUUAAGGAGAUACAAUCAAGCGCAGUUUUUGGAACACGUUCAAGAAAUAGUCGCGAGUUGGGCUGAGGAUUUGAUCGGAUGCUCACUGGUACUAUAUCGUGCGGUCGGCGCUUCUAACCAAGCUGCGCUAUUCGGGAAGAAUUCGCCGUUAAAAAGGGACGACCUCCGUGUUAGGGCGCUGCCUUUCCCAACUAGGAAACCCACAUAUAAGGAAGUCAAGAGAGUGCACGAGACUGUUGCAAGCAUAGAAGUAUAUGAUACCAUGGAGCUUUUCCAAAAGGCUUUAAUAGCUUCAACUGCAAAACCGUUGACAAAAUCUGGAUCGGACUCCAAUGUGGAGCGAAGCAAGAAGACGCAGAAGAGUCCAAACAAGCCAAUAGAUAGAGCUAAAUCAAGAGAACGGACGCCACGCGAGCUACCUACUCAAGUGACUUCAAGUGAAGAUGAAGGCCCUUGUUUCAUAGACUCGGAGACACCAGUGGGUUGGAUCAAAACCCUUUCCGAACAGAGUUCCCGUGGUAUCAUAACAAAUUCAAGAAAAGACCUUCUCAAUGAUACCGCCAUAGCAAGCGGAAGAAGCUCUGACAGCGAACAAAAUGAUGCUCAAGAGAACAAAGAACAGACUACAAAGAAGAAGAAGAAAAAGAAGCAAGACGAUAGUAAACCAGUGAAGAAGGCACCGCCGAAGAUUCCAGCUAAUGUUAAAAAGAUGUGGAAGAUAAUUUCUAGUAAUGAAUUCAAUUCCCUCGAAACAAUAAUUGAGAGCUGGGAGGGUGAUGAUUUGGAAGCUGCUUGCAACACGCAAGACCCAGCCGACGGCAACACGGCUCUUCAUAAAGCAGCUAUCGCCGCCAAGCCCGAAAUGGUCACACAAAUCUUAACUGCGGGGGGUGAUCCCUGUGUUAAGAACCACCUCCUGCAGACUCCAUACGCUGCUUCCCCGCAUCAUGACACUAGGGUUGCGUUUAGACUUUUCCAGGCACAAUAUCCAGAAAAAUACAAUUAUAAUAAGUCACAAAUACCGGGACCGCUAACCCCCGAGCUGCUGCAACAAGAGAAAGAGAAGAAGGCACAACAGAAGAGAGCGAAACGGCAACGGGACAAAGAGAAGCAAGCUGAGAAAAUUAAAACCAACAAGUUCCUGCAGUUGACUGACGCGGAAAAGGUAAAGCUCGACGAACCUCGCUGUUUCCUCUGCGGCACUCAUCUCCCAAAGCAGCCAUUCGAAUACGACAAGUACAAAUUUUGCAGCAUACAAUGCCUACAAAACCACAGGAACCUUCGACCUCUGCACAUGAGUGCGUAA